AUGAACGGACUGACACCAAAUAGCUGCUCUUAUCUGAUUAUAGUUAUUUUGCUUGCAGCAUGUUUAAUCGUCCAAGGCAUUGCGUCUAUAAACUGUCGUUUUGUGGUGUCCACGACAAGUCAAGGUCCUAACGGUCCCAUGUUGGGAUUGUGGUAUCUGGAUCCUGGCUAUCGGGCGUGCAACACCAAUGAAGUUUAUGUGCCUCGCACGGGACUUUCUGUGUUCGGUAGCACCGUGGAUCAACUCAAUGUCGAUCGCAUCCUCGUCCGCACGGCACGAACCAUGUACUGUCUGUCAAUGCUCGCUACCUUUAUGGCCAUGGUGAUCAUCCUGUCGACCACCUGCUGUGGUCGACCUCGCAAUACAUUUUACACCAAAUGCUACCUGAUUCCCAUCUUUUCCGUGGCGUGGAUUGCGGGAGGAUUGACGUUCCUGAUCUUUGCCGUCAGUGGCUGUUGGGAAGGAUUUGACUGGAACACUGGUGCGUACCGAUGUACACCGGGACAUUUGGCGUGGCUAUCGUGCAGUGUUUCCUCCAUGGUGUUUUUGUUGCAAUUCGUCGUCUGCUGUCUGCCCCGACCCAAACCAAUCUUGGCACCGGAACCAGACGCACCACCGGUACCGGAAAUCAAAUAUCACGAACCCAUUCUGGUAGAACGGGAAGAAUCCAACAAUGAUAGUAUCAGUAUCAUUCAAAAUCAGCAACAUGGCAUGGAAGAUAGUGAUCAGGAGCAAAAUAGUGAGGACGAAGAAACACCCAAACAACAACAACAAUCCACUGAAAGCAACAGUACUACUCCACCAAAGAAAAUUCAAAUUGAUCCACCCAUGGGAUGGAAAUCAUCCACAACACCAUCCGCAACAACAACAACAACCCCAUUGGUUCCCGUUCCACACAAAAAAGCGGAUCCAAAGGGAAUCACAGCCAAGGAGCUACCACGAUGA